AUGCUAAUCAGUGAAAGAGCCUAUUGCUGGCCAAGAGGAAUUGCUCAAAGUAGAUCUGAAGGAAAUUUGGUUGACAUGGAAGUCUCAAAAUUCUCAAAAAAUCAUAUUACAGAGACCAUUGCAGUUUGUAAAUUAAACCACCAAGGAGGGUCAGUUCAGUUACCUGACUCAGACAUCAUUGUUCAUGUACCCCAGGGAAACAUAACCAUAGGAGAAUUUCAGGAGGUAUCUCUGAGAGCAUUUCUGGAUCCUCCACCAAAGCUGAACCAUAAUCUCUCCUGUACUGUAAGCCCUCUUUUGGAAAUAAGGUUAAGCAACCCUAAAACCAUAAGAGCUAUUUUGCUGGAGAUGAAAAUUGGAGCAGAAGUAAAAAUAGAUCCCCUGAGCCAAGUCAUGACAAAAAUGGUGUGUUUAUACAGCCUGGACAGAGAAGGCCCUUUCCAAGCACUGAACAACUGCUAUGUCUACAAAGACACCAUCCAAGCAAAGUUUCUUGAUCUGAGCCACGUAAUGUACAUAGUCAUAGCUGUACAAGCUGAGGCCAUUCAGCCACCAGCUGCUACUAUUUGGAAUUAUAUUCACAAAACCACUUCCAUUGGAAUUUAUGGGCCCAAAUAUAUCCAUCCAAGUUUUACUGUUGUUUUUGUAGCUCUGCUAAAGAUGGAUCACCAAGCAUUAGUGGAACGUCUUCUCCAAGAGGCUGUUAUUCUAACCUCAGCUGUUAAGCUCGGAAGAAGCUGGAGGGAACUUGCUGAGAAAUCUGCAGGACUCACUAAGCAUCAGAUGCAGGCGUAUGAAAUUCCUUACCGAGGAAAAUCUGGAGAUGUUUCAGCCGAGAUGAUGUGGAAACCUGCCUAUGAUUUUCUCUAUGCAUGGAGCAGUCACAAUGGAAACAACUGUAGAGAUGUGUUACAAGACCUUCAAUCAGCUUUGGACAGAAUGAAAAACCCUGUCACCAAACAGUGGAGAGACUUAACUGGAACUCUAAUACUAGUAAAUUCUUUACAGGUUCUGAGAGUAACUGCUUUCACUACUUCUCAGGAAGCAUAGACUGAAGCAAGUUUGGGGAUAAAGGAAAAUGCUAAGUGGGAAAGUGUGUUUGUAUGUGUGUGUGUAUGUAUAAGUGUGUGUAUGUGUGUGUAUGUAUGUAUGUGUGUGUGUGAG